UCGGUACAAGCUGCCUUGUUUAGAUCUAUUGGUCUUCUCUUUGGGGAGCUUGUAAUGAAUACGAAAGUAGAGAAGACGAACUCUGAUGGUGAUUCGUUUCGUUCUUGGAUGGUAUCGAAUGCAGUUAAGUGUUAAUGGUGCAAAGUUUUUACCAUCUUUCAGACUUAACAUAGAUAAGGGUAGUUGUUGGAUUCAAGAUCUUUCCUAUCACACUUCGAACUUUAUGCCGAAGAAAAAACAGAAAGAUGAAUCCAAAGAAGCUGGAUUGGGUAAGGGAGCCAGGCAUGACACACAACCAGUUCAUCAGAACAAGGACGGUACAGUGUCGGUUAACAUCUUAGCCAAGCCGGGAGCCAGGCAGAAUGCAAUCACUGAUAUCUCGGAGGAAAGUGUGGGAGUCCAGAUAUCAGCGCCCCCUGUUGAUGGUGAAGCAAAUGCAGAACUACUAAAAUUCAUGUCGAAGACACUGGGAGUUAGAAAGUCUGAUGUGGUAUUAGAAAAGGGCUCAAAGUCUCGCUGUAAGACCCUGCUGAUUCAUGGGAAGGGUGUAGAGGAAGUUCUGACCCAAAUAAGAACUCAGAUGCGGAAUGAUCAGUGACUGUACGCAUAUAAGGUCGAUGAUAUAACUUGAUCCGGGGGCCAGCAUGUAUUGUUGACCGUCCCUGAGGUUGAAUUUCUGUGUGUGGAUAAAUAUAACAGCCCCAUGCUCAGGACUCAAUACAUCGAUGUACUCAUCGGGCUCAAUGUUCAGUCUCAGCUCAAUCUUGCCUACAGACAGAAGAAGUGAUCAGUUUAACACAGGACGAAUAGUGCCGACUUCUUGUACAAAUAGUGUUCCUCCUAAACACAAAACUCUUUAUAAUCUUUCUGUUUGGCCCCUUUUGCUGUUUGUGUACUUAGAUAAAUAUUAUGUUUUUGGUUAUACAAUGUACUUGGAUGAAUGAUGGCAGAUUUUUUAAACAGCUUUUUAAAGAUGAGAAUGUUUUUUGUAAGUGGCGAAUAACUCAUUAUAAUACGAUUUGUAUUUCAAUCAAAUAUGUGUAUUUACAUUAUGAAAAUGUUCAUAAAGAUAUCAAAAAUGAAAAGCAUACAUUAUAUAGUGUAUCAAAGAGUAGUGUUUGCCCAGGAUUUUGCUGUUUUGUACACUGAGUGUGUAACUUUAUGGAGCUUCUGAGUCAGUGUUGACAAUGGUGAAUACCUGAAGUUGUUCAGUCCAGUAAUAAAAUGGCUUAACAUGAAUAAAAGUUCUCUUUUAUAAAUUUUA